AGAUAAUACUUAUCUAUUAAUCAUGAUCUUAAACCUAUAAUCUAUAAACCUUGCAUUUCGGCAUCGUGCUCGUAUUCUGUCAUUCUGUAAGUAAAGUUGUAUCACUUGUAUCCAUAGAAAAGAGAUUGAUAGUUUAGACGUCACCAAGCUUGUUUUAACGGUUUUGUGCUCACCCCGAUCGAACGAUGUCGGGUUACGAUUCCCGGAGUGAUGGACCUGGAUUUGUCGGCAUUCGAUUCUGCCAAGAAUGCAAUAACAUGUUGUAUCCUAAAGAAGACAAGGAACAUAAAGUACUGUUGUACGCUUGUCGAAAUUGUGAUCACAGACAAAUGGCAGACAGCAAUUGUAUUUAUGUGAAUAAAAUUAUGCACGAAAUCAAUGAACUCACUCAUAUUGUUUCCGAUGUAACGUCUGAUCCAACUUUACCCAGGUCAGAAGAUCAUCCUUGUCCAAAAUGUAAACACCGUGAAUCUGUAUUUUUUCAAGCUCAAACUAGACGUGCAGAGGAGGAAAUGAGAUUAUAUUAUGUUUGUACCAAUCCUCAUUGCAUACAUCGUUGGACUGAAUCGUCUAUUUAAUAAUUAUACAAUAUAAUGGUUUUUUUUUUAUAUAAAUUUAAAGACAAUAUUUAUACUUAAUUAUGUAAAUAUACAUUUUAAAUAACUAAAA